GUAUUUGAUUAAGAAAUAACGCAAGCCAUUGUCUCCUCAGAUUCUACUGUGGCUCCAUCACCGUUUCAGAAUCUCCUCUCAUGUCUAUUUCCAUCUGCUUCUUUUCUCCUUGUUUCUUGUCUUUAAGCUCCACAAUUCUUUGUUUCUUGUAGAGUUAGGUGGGGCUGUUAACCUUCCUUCUGUCAGGAUUCUCUUUGCUAGGCCCUUUCUCAGUCCCACAAGGCUGACAAAAAGCCUAUAGAAGCAAAGAAUUAAAUCACCUCCCCACAUAACCACAACAUACAAGGAAACAUAACCAAAAUCUCUCUAUCUUACAAGAAUUUUCCGCCUUUAGCCUUUUAUUCCCAGAUGAAGACAAUUAUGGCCAAGACCCCUCAUGACUCUUCUUUCUCUUUCUCCAGGAGAUAUUUCAACUGGAGAAAGAAAGUUGUUGAAGAUGAAGAUGAUGACGAAGAAAUCUUAACUUUCAACUCCUCCUCACAUUUCUCAUGCGGGGAGGAGUUGAAAGACGAGAAACUUAGAAUCACACUGCCCGCUGAAGGGAUGCCUCCUGCAGUGCAAGCACCUAGAAAAAAGCUACCUAUUGUCGCUGUUUCUAAGCUCCGAUCAGCUCUUACUGUUUUCUACAAGGGUCGACCAACCUAUCACUCCGGUUUAGGAACCAAAUUGAUAGGUACCCUUUUUGGGUAUCGUCGAGGUCAUGUCCAUUUUGCAUUUCAAGAGGAUGCCAAACUUAAUCCAGCUUUCUUGAUUGAGCUUGCAACGCCAACUAGUGUAUUAGUCCGGGAAAUGGCUUCUGGAUUAGUGAGAAUUGCUUUAGAAUGUGAAAAGAAGCCGCAGAAGAAAGCAGGGAAGUUGGUGGAGGAGCCUAUAUGGAGGACUUUUUGUAAUGGCAAGAAAUGUGGGUAUGCAAUGAGGCGUGAGUGUGGUCCAGAAGAGUGGAAGGUUUUGAAGGCUGUGGAGCCAAUUUCAAUGGGUGCCGGUGUGCUGCCAGGGAAUGGAGCAGGGUCCGAAGGGGAACUCAUGUACAUGAGAGCCAGGUUUGAGAGAGUUGUUGGGUCAAAAGACUCAGAAGCAUUUUACAUGAUGAAUCCUGAUGGGUCUGGAGGUCCUGAACUCAGUGUUUACUUGCUUAGAGUUUAAUUUUAUGGCCAUUAAGUGGGUAGCAUCAGCAAUCCAUCCAUUUCAUUGGUGAUUUUGUUUAGUGCUUCUGAUCUCCUUUUUAGCUGUUUAGCCAUGGUUUUAAUCAGAAGGAAAGGUCAAGAGGGGUCACUUCACUUCACCGUGUGGCUUUUGUUGUUGUUGUUGUUGUUUUUUUUUUUUUUUUUUUUUUUUUUUUUCAUCUUGGAAAGGUUACUGUGGUAUUAAUGGUAGUUUGUAUCAUGCCCAGUAAUCUCUAGGAUAUUUGGUGAAGCAGUAAUGCUAAUCUGGUAUGGUAGAUGGGUGUGGGGUAUAUUUAUAUAUUGGGUUUUGACUUUUGAUGGCAGAAAGAAAUGGUUUUGCCCUUAUGAAAUUUAUGAUAUUCCAUUUUAGACAAUGGUUCUUUGCUAAGAUGAAAUUGCGUUUGUGAACACUUUUGGUCUGCAUUUAAGGUCCUAAUGGUUCUUGAAUGGUUUCUAGUGCAAUAAAUAUGUAUACAUUUCUCAAUAUGUAAGCUCUCUUAUUUUGAGCAAUGAACAUUUCGCACAUUAUAUUA